CUUCUCAACAGCUCCCGUCAGUUUUGCAUCGUCUCGUUCUCGUCUUUUAGCAGUAGGUGGUGUAGAUGGUGGAUGUUGUCCUGGUUAAGGGAUUAUGAAUCUGCGCUCUUAACAACGGCAGCCGAACUCUACGCUGACUGCUUCACAAAUCCUCGAGGAUAAAGUGUCACAGUAGUGGUGGCAGACUGAAAAUCAUGCUCAUGGACUGUCGAGGACAAGACUGCAUCGGAUUGAACACGUGCGAGGAACAAAGUGUGCAAAAGAGAAAAAGAAAGCACGGCCCCUAAAGAAAGACCCUUGGUGUUCGGUACCAUGGAUCACACAAGUCCAGGCAGCCUCUAUGGCUGAGAGACUGUCCUGAAAAUGGAGAAGCUGCUUUACGUCUUCUCCCCUCAUCUCAAGAGCUGAAUUUUCUCGGAUGGUGUCUUUAAAAGAUCUACAUGGACAGAACCGGUUAAAUGAACAGCCUAAAUGAAGGAUCCUCUCCGCAGAGUGAACUGGGCAAUGAAGUAUGUAGUACGAUUUGCACCCUUUGAAACACAGACUUGGUCAGUAUGGAAAUGCAGACUACCGCUGUGAUUCAGAUUUACAUGAAUGGCACCGAGCAGCUGAACGCUUCUUAUGACUUCAACCUAACCGAUGUCAAAGAAAGCGUAGACACCUAUGAGUUUUACAUCAUCGGACUGUUUCUAUCCUGUCUCUACACCAUUUUCCUUUUUCCCAUCGGGUUCAUCGGGAACAUCCUCAUUUUGGUCGUCAACCUUAACCAUACAGAAAAGAUGACCAUCCCCGAUCUGUACUUUGUCAACCUGGCGGUGGCGGACCUCAUUCUGGUGGCGGACUCGCUUAUUGAGGUCUUCAACCUGAACGAGAAAUACUACGACUACGCCGUCCUGUGUACCUUCAUGUCGCUAUUCCUCCAGGUGAACAUGUACAGCAGCAUCUUCUUCCUGACAUGGAUGAGUUUCGACCGCUACGUCGCUCUCGCCAGCUCCGUGAGCAGCAGCCCGUUGCGAACCAUGCAGCACGCCAAGCUCAGCUGCGGCCUCAUCUGGAUGGCGUCCAUCUUGGCGACUCUGCUUCCGUUUACCAUCGUACAGACGCAGCACACCGGCGAGGUGCACUUUUGCUUCGCCAACGUCUUCGAGAUCCAGUGGCUCGAGGUGACCAUUGGAUUUCUAGUGCCCUUCUCCGUCAUCGGUUUGUGUUAUUCCCUCAUCUUUCGCAUUCUCAUGCGGGCUCAGAAGCACAGGGGUCUGUGGCCGCGCCGGCAGAAGGCCCUGCGGAUGAUCGUGGUGGUGGUGCUUGUUUUCUUCAUUUGCUGGCUCCCUGAAAACGUCUUUAUCAGCAUCCAGUUGCUCCAAGGCACGGCCGACCCAUCAAAGCGGAUCGGGACCACGCUGUGGCACGAUUUCCCAUUGUCCGGACACAUCGUCAACCUGGCCGCGUUCUCCAACAGCUGCCUUAACCCAAUCAUUUACAGCUUCCUUGGAGAGACUUUCAGGGACAAGUUGCGUCUCUUUAUUAAGAGGAAGGCCAACUGGUCAGUUGUUUAUCGCUUUUGUAACCACACUCUGGACUUGCGCAUCCCCGUCAGGGGCGAAUCAGAAGUUUAACCGAAAUCUCACACUGUCAGAAGAAAUGGUCAACAUAUCUUUCAAAAUGUACAGCGUUGCACCGAAAGAGUUCAUAUUAGUAUCUCAAUGGCACAUAUCUGUACCUAAUAGUACAUAUUAGGACUGGUGCAGUACGUACGGCAAUCUAUUGAGGUUAUCCCGUGGCACGUGUGAGAUUUCUGAGAGCUUUGUGAUUUUUUCUUUUUUUAUUACAUGAAGGUUUCCAAAACUUUGUGACUUUUCAAGAGAAACAAGAAGUGAUAGAGAGACUCAAAGCUUAGAAGCAGAAUCUUUGUUUUUUUUUGGUUAAUGUCGGCACAAGUAAAACUGGGAAUACUUAGUAACUCACCUCUGGAUGCAAGGAUGCACAGUUCUUUAGCAAAUAUGUAGAGAUGGCUUGACACAACAAAGACUUUUAUGG